CCCAACAACGAGCCCUCAUCAGAAACAGGUGGAGCUGCUGAACUGUGUUCUGUGCUGUUUGCCAAGUCACCCUCCCCUCACCGUGGACGAAAAUCAAAUCAUCCAGCAGCAUCACUCAGACUCAGCAUCAGCAGAGAUGGAGGUUCCAGGCUUGGCGCACAACAUCACCAGUCCAUUAAGUCCCUGCGAGGGGAUCAUCAAGGAUCUGAGCCUGGAUUCCAUACAGCUAUGCGAACGAGAUGGAAAAUCCCAGGACGGCAGUCUCUCUGACAUGGAGGAGCUCCCUGUUCCUCGGAGCAUCAAGAUCAGCAACAUCACCUGCGACUCCUUCAAGAUCUGCUGGGACAUGGAGGCGCGCAGCAAGGAGCGCAUCACACAUUAUUUCAUCGACCUGAACAAGAAGGAGAACAAAAACUCCAACAAGUUCAAACACAAGGACGUUCCAACCAAGCUCGUGGCCAAAGCCGUGCCUCUGCCCAUGACGGUGCGGGGCCACUGGUUCCUGAGCCCCCGCACAGAGUACACCGUGGCCGUUCAAACCGCCUCCAAACAGCCUGACGGGGACUACGCCGUCUCUGAGUGGAGCGAGAUCAUCGAGUUCUGCACUGCUGAUUAUUCCACUGUGCAUCUAACCCAGCUGCUGGAGAAGGCAGAGGUCAUUGCUGGAAGGAUGCUGCGUUUUUCUGUUUUCUACAGAAACCAGAACAAAGAAUAUUUUGAUCACGCCAGGGAGGUGCAAGGAAACCGAAUGCUACCAUCAGUGAAGGACAACAGCGGCAGCCACGGCUCCCCCAUUAGUGGCAAACUGGAGGGCAUCUUCUUCAGCUGCAACACAGAGUUCAACACAGGCAAGCCYGCGCAGGACUCCCCGUACGGCCGCCACCGCUUCGAGGUCCAGGCCGACGCGCUCUUCAACCCCAACACCAACYUGUACUUUGGAGACUUCUACUGCAUGUACACGGCCUACCACUACGUCAUCGUGGUCCUGGCRCCCAAGGGCUCCAGGGGCGACGACUUCUGCAAGCAGAGGCUCCCCGCGCUCGACAUCGGCAACAACCGCUUUCUGACCUGCGCGCGGGACGAAGWCGGGGGUCUGGUGUUUCACCACGCCCAGGACGUGAUCCUGGAGGUGAUCUACACGGAGCCCGUCGACCUGGCGCUGGGCACGGUGGCGGAGAUCAGUGGGCACCAGCUGAUGAGCUUGUCCACGGUAAACGCCAAGAAAGACCCCAGCUGCAAGACCUGCAACAUCAGCGUGGGACGCUAAGGAGGAGCGACGUGCGAAUUGGGAGGGAAGGACUAAAUUUGACUGACGCACACACACAGGAAGGCCACAUUGCUGAAGCAAACCCAUGCAUGAAGCAGUUGAUUUGUAACACGACCAGAUGGACACUGCUCAUUACUCCUAAAAGACCAUAAACCCCAAAGAAGAAUUGAGGAAAAAACAGACACCCUCAUCUGUCUCAUCUAAAAAAAAGACAUAAAAACACAAACUGAAACUAUUUAUUCAUCCAUCUGGCAUGUCAUCUUUGUGUACUGACCAAAUCUUUUAACUGUGCUAAAAAUAGCUGCUUCGAUCCAAAUUCCUGUUCAUUUGAAUUAGUUGUUCCCUAUUUUAGAAUUGACCUUUUUUGCUUUGGUGUUAUACUAACAUGCUUUUAACUCAACGUCCACUGCGUGUGUGGAUAUUUCUUUUAUUUGUUUCUAAUUACACUGGCAAUGUUUGUUCUGUUUUCAUUUCACAGUUGAUAAAUUCAGACUUGUUUUUACCUCCUACUAGUGGCACGAACUGGUUCUACAAUUUCUAGAGCUGCAGCUUUGACAGUCGACCUUUAUUUUUUUUUAAUACCAAAGGUGUCAAAAAUCAGACAUCAAAUCGUUGUGGGAUCUAAGGCAGUACUAAU